UCUACGGUUUCAGUGCGGAUCGCAGACAACCGGGUGGCCGGGCUUACGCAUGGCAUGUUCAUUCUAUGAGUUAAUAAUUAGUCUGAGAGCGCGAUGAUGGUUUAUGCGUUCCCACUGUUCACCCAAGCCGCUCGUUAAAGUUACCCAGGCGUGGCGUUCCCUCUUUUUGUCUUCGAUGUGUGUGCACCGUCUGGCGGCUUCCGUCGCAGCAGGGCCACUGUGAAACGACGUCGACGAAGGACAUGUUCUUCCCGUCUCGCUCGUCGCGCGACAAUAUGUGGCAUGAGGCAAGGAAGCAGGAGCGCAAGAUACGGGGCAUGCUUGUCGACCUCAAGAAGCGGGCCGAGCGCCGGAAGGAGUUUUACGAGCGAAUUAAGCAAGACCCGGCCCAGUUCCUUCAGCUUCAUGGGCGGCGUUGCAAGAUACACAUCGACCUGGCAAUUGCGCAAGCUGCUGACAGCCCAGUCACUAUGAUGCCAUGGCAGGGAAAUCGGGACGUGAUGAUCGACCGAUUUGAUGUCCGCGCCCACCUGGACACAAUACCAGAGUUCAAGCACUCUGAUGAUGGCCCAGAGCUGACCGAAGAGCAAAAGGAAGAAGAGAGGCAGAUCAACUAUGAGCGCUAUCGCACGCUUGUUCAGAAUGAUUUCCUAGGAGUGUCAGAGGACAAGUUCUUGCAUCAGAUCUUCUUGGAGGAACGCUAUGGCCCUGUCGGGAAGCCUGUUGGCACCACGGAGGAGGAAAAAAAAAAGCUUGCUGAGAAGAAGGCGGCGAUUGGCUACACGUAUGAGGACAGCACACCUGCUCCCUCGACGUCGUCCAAUCAGAAUGAUGAGCCAGAAGAGGAAGAAGAUAAAGAGGACCUCAGUGAUAUUGAUCUUGAUGUGACUGUUGACGUGAACGAACUCACCAUUGAGCAGGCACGGGAGAUGAACGACCAGUCGCACGCCUAUGGCAUGGAGUCCACGGAUUUCAUUUCGUACCUUCACCUGGACAAGGAGGAGCAGGAAAGACUGAAGCAAGCUAGGGAGCUCGAAGAAGAGAAAGCCAUGUACUCGGGUCGGAAGUCGCGCCGGGAGAGGCGGGCUCUGCGAGAGAAGAAACUCAAGAAUCGUAAGGUCACCAGCCCACCAAGCUAUGCAGCCAGAGCCAGCCCAACGUACAAGCCGUUCAGAGCCCAGUCAAGUUCCCGGUCACGAUCUAGAUCUCCCCAGAACAUGGGUGAGAUCACCUUCAUCACAAGCUUUGGUGAUGAAGGGUCCGACGACGAUGAUGGCGCCGCCAAGAAAGGCCAUGCGAAAGCUGGCGGACCUUCAACAGCUGGUGCCGGCGGUGGAACUUCGUCGUCGGGAAGCAGGGCUGCCGCAGCGUCCUCCAGGUGUGACGGUGGUCGUGGAAGUGGCGGCUUCUCCAGGCGAAGGUCACGAGACCGUUCGAGGUUAGGAAGGUCUAGGGAUCGUCAUGCUGGCUCAUCUCACGGUUCGAGCCGAGGGCGUCUGUCGUCCAGAAGGCGUUCCUCAAGUUCCAGGUCGUCGUCUGGCGGCAGGGUUCGCCGCAGAAGCCGUAGCCGAGGCCGCGCAUCGUACCGUUCCAGGCGAGGUUCCAGGCGGCGAUCCCGGUCACUGCGACUGAGCUCGCCACGUCAUCGGGGCCGCUGGACUUCAUCACGCAGUCGUUCAAGGUCGCGGUCCAGGCACUGGGGGCACGGCCGGAAGCGUUCCACUUCAUCUCCGAGGUCGCCGAAGGGUCAUGAGCGGGAGCGAAGGUCGCGGUCGCGAUCGUCACCGCCGCCUGCCCCACGCAAGCUGCCGAGCCCACCCCGAAAGUCUUACUACCGUCACAGCCUGUCGCGGUCGCGGUCAAAGUCACUGAGCAGCAGCGACGACGAGGAAAAGAAGAAGAACCGGUCACGCAGCAACAGCACCAGCAGUGAGACGUCAAAGGGUCAGCAGGGCUCGGCGGGUGCCUCCAACGGCACUCGCCGCAACUGGCCGUCGGCGGACGCGGUGAGACCCAACGUCUCUGUGGGUAAACCAGGUCCUGCCUCCAAAACACCAGCAGGUGCCAGUGCAGCAGCUGGUGGAGGAACGGGAGGUCUCACGUUGAGGGAGAAGCUCAAGCGAAAGAUGCAGGCUGCUCUCAACAAGCAGUACAAGGCCGACAAGCGGGCUGAGCGUGAGAAGCAGGACAAGAUUCAGCAGGAACGCUGGGAUCGGGCUGAGGAACUGCGGGGAAUGGCCCUCCGUCUUCGCCAGAGGGAACGGGAGAAGAGGCACAAGGAAAGGGACGACUAUGACUACGAACCCGAUGGAAGCCGAGACGGCCGUGACGGCUACUCCAGUCGCUCUGGCAGCCGCUCGCGAAGCCAAAGUCUAAGCCCUGAACCCCGCCCCCCAGGCGAGUCGUCAUACGUGCCCACCCCUCCAGAGCACACAAGAAAUCCAGCUUACUACUCGCGACGAAGAAGCCGAUCAAGAUCACGGUCUCCACCGCAAGAUUACUACCGGUCACGACCACCGACGACAUCGUCAUCAUCGUGGUCAUCGUCCAAGGCAUUGGUAGACUACUGAGGUGUCUUCGAAAGGCGCUCAACUGGGAUUAGCGCAGCUUUGGCUCCUAGCCUUACAGGACUGAGAAGAUGUGGACUGAGAUGAAUUUUGUGAAGUGAACUGACUGAGUGACCCUGUGUUGCCAGUGGGGGUGGGGUCGGGAAGGGGGUGGAAGGGGGACGAUAACUGAGCACCAUCACAGAAAGUGUUAAGAAAGAAAUGCUUUGUGAUGGGGACGUCAUACGAGCUGUGCUAAUGUGUGCUAGAGAACUUUUGGCCUGUGAGUGCAUCAAAUGUUUUUUUCCCCCUUAUUGCCCCUGUUCUCUUGCCACUAUGCGAAAACUGCACGUUGAUGAGCAGCAACCAAUUAAUUGAAAAGUAGCACUUUGGAAAAACCAAAGGAUGUGACAGUAGAGCUAUGGGGUAAUUGUUGCGAAUUGGUCCCGCCUCAGCCGCAUUGUGCAGCCAUGCAUAUGUCAUCGACUCAAUCGUAAGCUAUUUGGGAAAUGUGUUUUUCACAGCUGGUUUUUUUCAGGGUUCAGUGCUACGUUUGAGUCACCUCUGGCAGCAUUUUUUUCUCCGCUGCGUUUAAAACUGGAGUUAAAGCUUUUCCUUAAUUCUACUAAUAGACAUGUAUGUACCAGCUGUUUGUGUACUUUCCCUGAUUUACUUAAAAGGCCUCAAUGAAAGUUUUGGUCUACAAGAAGAUUUGCUGUGCAUUUGUACGAAGAGCAGCUAGAAAGUGCCAUCCUGACUCACCGGUGUAUGGUGCAUACCAUGCUCCGUAAAUCCAAAAAUUUGAACUCUAGGCUUAACUUCUUUUCUUUUGUAUGAUGUCAGACAGCUGUGUCAACAAACUUUUGCCCUUGAUUAAUAAAGUGAACUCCACAAUUGCCA